UGGGAGGAGAGAAGGGAAAGGAAAGGAAGGAGGAGGAGUGGAAAGAGAAGUUUGAAAGAGAGACAGAGAGGUUUAGUGGCCGGUUCUUCUCAGAGGGAGUGAGUGAGUGAGUGAGCGAGCGGAGGCUCCGACGCAGGAGGAAAGAAAAAAGUAAAAACGGCACGAAGUUUGUGUGUGUGCGUGGAUUUUACUGGUGCCGAGGAGCCGCUGGUCACGCGCUCUGUGUGGAUUAGAUGAGAGAGGCUUGACGAUGAGGAGCGACCCUGUUCUGUUCACUUCCAGCAGGGCGAUGGAGGAGCUGGUGUUUGAGCUUCGUCUGUUCCUGGACCUGCUGGACAGGGAGUACCUGAGCGCCGGGGUCCGAGAGAAGAAGAUCUACCUGUCCAACAUCCUUCACAGAGUUCUCUCUGACAAAGAACCUUCGUUCAAGUCGGAGAUCCACAGCGGACUACCAGCUCCACCCCAGAUGCCCCUCCCAGAAAUCCCUCACCCAUGGCUGCCUCCGAACAAUGGCCCUCCUCCACUACCCAGCUCCUCUCUGCCAGAAGGCUACUAUGAGGAGGCAGUUCCUUUAAGUCCCGGUAAAGCUCCUGAAUACAUCACCUCCAACUAUGACUCUGACGCCAUGAGCAGCUCCUAUGAGUCGUACGACGAGGAAGAGGAGGAUGGAAAGGGCCAGAAGAUGCGUCACCAGUGGCCGUCUGAGGAGGCGUCCAUGGAUCUGGUGAAGGACGCCCGCAUCUGUGCAUUCCUGCUGCGCAAGAAACGCUUCGGCCAGUGGACCAAACUCCUCUGCGUCAUCAAAGAUAACAAACUGCUGUGUUACAAAUCCUCCAAAGACCACACCCCGCAGAUGGAGCUGACGCUGUCCGGCUGCAGCAUCACGCACAUCCCCAAAGACGGCAAGAAGAAGAAGCACGAGCUGAAGAUCGUCCACCAGGGGGCGGAUGCCCUGGUGCUGGCCGUGCAGAGCAAAGAACAGGCCGAAGAAUGGCUCAAGGUGAUGCGGGAAGUGUGCGUUAACGGGUGCGUGGACUUGGACGGAGGUCGAUCUGGAUCUCCUGUGCACAAACCAGAACUGGAAAAGAAGUCGUCAUGUGACAGGCCGAGCUCAGACGGAGAGGCGCCCCACGAGAACGGACACAGCGACCCCAAGGACCAAGGAAAAGGGAAAAAGAACUCCAAGUCGGAGAACAAGACGGGGACGGUGGGCAAAGGCGCGGGGAAGAAGAUCACCAAGAUCAUCGGGCUGGGGAAGAAGAAGCCGUCCACGGAUGAGCAGACGUCGUCGGCGGAGGAAGACGUACCCACAUGUGGCUACCUGAACGUGUUGUCCAACAACCGCUGGCGCGAGCGUUGGUGCCGCCUGAAAGACAACCAGCUGCUGCUCCACAAGGACCGGGACGACCUGAAGAGCCACAUCGCCUCGCUGCCGCUGCGAGGCUGUGAGGUCAGCCCCGGCCUGGACCACAAACAUCCCUUUGCCUUCCGCCUGCUUCGCAACAGCCAAGAAGUGGCAGUGCUGGAGGCCUCCUCGUCUGAGGAGAUGGGUCGAUGGUUGGGGGUUCUGCUGGCGGAGACCGGCUCCACCACUGACCCCGCCACGCUGCAUUAUGACUACAUCGACGUCGAGACCACUGCCAACGUCAUCCAGCUGGCCAAGCAGUCCUUCUGCUUCACCAGUAAACGUGCCGUCUCUCCUAACCCGUACCUGGACAACCCGGUCAACGGCUACGCCUGUCCCACUGGAACAGCUCUGCACUACGAUGACGUGCCCAUUAAUGGAAUGGACCCCGAGGCGCAGUACUCCAGUCCAAGCACAGGGGGGCGCCAACUGACAGAGGAGAGCACUGAGCUCUAUGAGAACAUGCCCUCCCCCAAGUUGACCUCCCGCUAUCCUCCCAAGCCUCCCUCUUCCUCUGCUUCCUCUUCCUCCACUCACUACAAAGCCCCUGUUUCUAAAAUCUCCUCAAAGUUCAUCUCUGCUGAUUCUAAAACUAAAGCUCAGCUGAAGGGAAAGAAGGGCACAGCGACCAAUGGGAUGGCAUCGAAACAGAAGGUGGAGCCAAAGAACCAGUCUAAGAAGAAUGGAGUCAAUGGGAUGAAUGGCACGGCCUCUUUGAAACGCAACAACUCUGAUGCCGAGCAAUGCAAGUACGGGAAGAAUCGCGUGGAGGCCGACGCCAAGAGGCUGCAGGCCAAGGAGGAAGAGCUGAUGAAGAGGAAACAAGACAUCAGGAACCAUCUGACACAGCUGAAGAAGGAGAGGAGAGACCUGCGCACUGCUGUGGAGGCUGCUGCUGGCAAGCGUUCACACGGCUCCCUGUCGGAGCGACUGAAGAAGGUGGAGGACGACUGCCGGAAGAAAGAGGAGGAGAGGGUGACCCUGGAGCUGGAGGUGACGGAGGUGAAGGAGAGUCUGAAGAAGGCCUUGAGCGGAGGCGUCACCCUGGGCCUCACCAUCGAACCCAAAGCUGGCUCCUCUGGCCUGCAGUCGCCGGCAAUGCUGCGGCGGACACAGGAGUCUUCUCCGUUCUCCAGCUGCGACACCAGCGACACAGAGUCCUGCUCCCUGCCGGUCAACAGCGCCUCGCUGCUCCGCCGCCAGCAGGCCGGUCAGAAGCCCUCGACAGUGCGGGGACACGUCCUCAGAAAGGCCAAGGAAUGGGAGCAGAAGAGCGGCACAUAAACCUCUCACCUCCUCACCUCACGUCUUACUUUCCUGUUCUUUCUUUUGUUUUUGUUUGUUUUUUUUAAAUCUUUUUAAGAAACUGUCUAUAUAUUUAUUUAAAAGUGUUUAUUCGGUCUCAGAGAGUUGGGGGACGACACAUACUGUAAGUACCACAGUGUACACAUAGCCACCAGUUUAAACUCUUAUACUAUUGAGCAUGCUCAGUGUACUAAGUUGUGCAACUCGUUUUUGUUUUGUUCUUAAAGCAAACACCAAUUUUUUUAUACAUUUUUUUUCCUCACUCAAAAUCUAUUCUGGCAGUUUAGGUUUCAAAAUGGUCAAAAAGUCAAAACCAAGUAUUUAUUUGUAAAUGUUUGAAAGGAAACACUAGUGUUCCUUUGUUUAUUUAUGUUGAUAUAUUUAAAGUUUUUUUGUUUUUUUUCCUUUUGUUGAAUUUGUGACGCUCCACAAAGUCGUUUUGUUUUGUUUUUUUUGCCUUUUUUUCUCUACAGAGCUCCCCCUACAGUUUUGGAGUACUUUUCUUUUUUUUUUUUUUUACCACACCACCGUAAACAUCCAUGCAUUGUCUACUACGUUAUCCUCACUGUUGUAAAAAAGUCACAGCUGACUCGAUCAUGACCCGGUCAUGUGCGUUUGUUGUAAACAGAACAGACCUUGGUUUUGCAUGCUUCUGUGUUUUAUUGAUUCUUGCCAUUUGAAAAAAAAAGCCGGUCUGCUGUUUACUCGUGUGUGACCCCUCGCUCCGUCAGUCAUCUCCUCUUCCUCGCCUCCUCCGACAACGGUUUCCUCCACUUCUUUUUUUGCUGGCUCUGUUGUGAUGAACGUCUAAAAUAACGCUAUCACAGCCUCGAUCUUACAGCCAGUACCCGGCUAGGGUGUCCAACUAAAACCAGACCUUUGGGAGUCAAGCUACUACUGCAUGCAGGGCUCCCACACCUUGGUUGACUUCAAAUUCAAGGACUUUCCGGGACCCAUUCUCUCAGAAUUCAUGGACUGAAUGUGCUGACACAGCUUAAGACGGGAGGGCAACUUGAAAGAGUCACUUUGCCCCCUUGGCGUCCACUGGACAAGUGAUUGUCCUUGGGAUCUUGGUCCAAGUCGGUCUUUGUGAUUUUCUUUGGUGCGUUUCCCAGGCAACACGCCGCCAUUUGCUCUCUCUUGCUGAACGUUAGACGCGCACGUCUCCACGUUUGUCUACAACACCGCGGGGCAUGAAACAGUAGGUGGCGUCGUAACAAACGAGGGAGACAUUUACCUAAAUGUCAACUCAACUUGCACAAAAUUCAAGCACUUUCAAUGAGCCAUGUCUAUUCAGGGUGAUUUUCAAGAGUGUUCAAGGGCAUUGAAAAAGUUUUUUUUUUGUUUUUUUUCAAAUUUACAAUCUUUCACCCGUGGGAACGUUGUGCAUGUAUACCUUCAUUCAGACUGAAGCUGGCCUGGGCGGUCUGCACAUGCGUCACAGUUACCAGCCCUCGAUAAUACCUGGAAAUAAUAGAAGAAGCUCAUCUACAGAACAACAAGACAACGGCAACAACAACAACAACAACAACAACAUGGUGAAGUUCAGAGCUAACAUCUAGCCUCAUGCUAACGCAGAAGCUGCAAAUACUGACACAUGCCGGACUUGUAAAGCAACCAUAGUAACUGUGCUUCUUGAAUCGCCGCUUAUACCGACAAUGGAUUGGACUCUUAACAGCGUGCGUGCUUCAGUAAACUCAGAAACCUCGACCGACACGGCUGCCGUUGGUUCCUCAUCCAAGAGCCUCAGUCCAGCUCCUGUAGUCACACACUCUACUGUAGCUGUGUGUGUGUGUGUGCGUGCGUGAAUGUCUCUGAGGCACAUUCCAGACUCAACAACUAUACACUGACUAAAAAUAAGGUCACUUGCUGUAAACCCCUGAUUGCUGUGUCAUGCUACAUUCUCACCAACUGCGAUUUUUCGCGCCACGCCAUAUGCGUAAAUCUCUUUAGUGCAUUUUUGUGCUUUCGAAUUACGGACCUCAGCAUGGAGGGAAGUAGCGUAAUUUCAUUGUUAAGCUCCGCAGCUGAGACGUAACGCCUGUAGUUGGUAUCGCUCCAGGGAAAUCCUGGCCUGGCCUCGAUACGAGCUAGCAAGUCGCCAAAUUGUUUGUCUGGCCUAACUAGCUAAUAAUUGCCAAGUUGUGUCUGGCUCCGGGUUGGUUUUGCGGAUCCACGCGCCUCUGGAGAAUUUCAACGUCGUUUAGUCAUCACGUCAACGCGAUUCUUUGCUAGUUGCGAUUUGGGCCGGGUGGCUGAAAGCAAAAUUAGCAUCUAGUCGCGUCUGUACACCGACUUAGCUGGAAACUCGCCGGUGGGAACACAGCAUAAAAAAAAGUCACUUAUCACAAGUCAAUGGUGCUUUUUUUCUUUCGUUUCAUUUUCUUUUUAUAAAGACUAUACGUUCCACUGCCUACACACUUCACUGCCAUGUAGACAUCACCAGGUCCACUAGGCCCUGUGUGGAUUGACGGAAGUAGCGUUAGCAUGUGCGGUUACUCAAAAUGGAUUCCAAUUUUUCAACAUAAAUGCUCCUCAGUCUUGUACAUAAUGUUCUAUCCCUCAUCGUGCUUUCAGCGGAAGAGCCCACAAGUCUGCGAGCAAGUCAGCGUGGAGGCAGUUUGUUGCGGUUUUUUCCCCGUUAGCUUGUAACUGUGCUGUUGUCUGAUGUAAGUCAAUGUGAACCUGCUGUACAUACUGGCUUUUAAGGUGAGGGUGGGGGUGUGUUUGUGUGUGUGUGUGGGGGGGGGGACAGACUCCAUGCAUCAGUGUAUGUUUUUUGCACCUUAUACAGUUCCUAUUGUUUUGUAUGUGUCAGACAGUCUCCGCCUCUGUGACGGACGCGCUUGUACAUAAAUGAAUAAACUCCUCUGACAAACAGCUCA